UGGCGCAUGCGUAAACUGCACCGAGCGGAGCCCCGGAACUGAAGCUUCUCCGUGACCCGUGAGAUGAAGAUGCUGCCCGGUUCUGGACGGACGGUUCCGCUCGGUCUGCUGCUCGUUGCGUUAGUUUCCCGCCUCGGGACGGCGGCGGAGGUCUCCGUGUGGAACGUGGACAUCAACUCGACACAGGAUGUCGUGUUUCGAAAGACGCUGUACGCCAACACCACCAUCUACAUGAAGUUCCAGAGUGACCCGGGGUCAUGUGAUAGAAACGUGGCCUUAAACAUCAGCUGGUACCUGCGCUCGUCUGUGUGCUACAAUGAAGUCUUCAACACACCCGACAACAAAGCGAUGAACAUGUUUGGAAUGGACCACAUGUUGAGAGACGGCUGGAGUGGAUACUACAGUCAGGGCUACAUGUACUUUGAGAACUGCUCCACCCUCAUCUUACCAAAGGCGUAUUAUGCAGACUACUACAACCCAUAUCAGCCGCUCAGCAGCCCGAAGAGUGACCCAUCGAAUCAGAGCUUUAUUUGGCCUGACAAGCCGGUUCUGAGCGCCGUGGCCAAAGCUUGGGAGGACAGUCCGUAUCUGUUCAUGGUGAAGGUGCAGCCUGUGUCCCGAGCCGAGGACGAAGACGUCGCAGUAGAGCAGCUCCGCUUCGCUUUCACAAUGAAAGUCGAGAUGAAGGGACCACAUGACUACUCUUCUCCAGCAGACUGGCCCCUCAUGAUGUUCUUCAUGAUCAUGUGCAUCGUGUACGUGCUGUUCGGGGCUCUCUGGCUCUUCUGGUGCGCCUGUUACUGGAGGGAUCUGUUGCGGAUCCAGUUCUGGAUCGGCGCAGUCAUCAUCCUCGGCAUGCUGGAAAAAGCCGUGUUUUACUCGGAGUACCAGAGCAUCCGUUACAAAGGAGACUACGUUCAAGGCGCUGUGAUUUUUGCCGAGCUGCUCUCUGCACUUAAAAGAUCUCUAGCUCGAAUCCUGGUCCUCAUUGUCAGUCUUGGAUACGGCAUAGUCAGGCCCAGGUUGGGCACCACAGUGCACCGGCUGGUAGCUGUCGGCCUCCUCUACCUGCUCUUCUCCUCUGUGGAAGGUGUGCUGAGAGUGACAGGUGGAUUUUACGGGACGGUCGCCCUGGUGGCUAAUCUCAGCCUCUCCCUUAUUGACUCGUGUGUCAUGUGGUGGAUUUUCAUCAGUCUGUCUCAAACCACUCGUCUCCUGAAGCUACGCAGGAAUGUGGUGAAACUCUCUUUGUAUCAGCACUUCACCAACACGCUCAUCUUCUCUGUUCUCGCUUCCAUCAUAUUCAUCAUCUGGACCACCAAAGUCUUCAAGCUGGUGGACUGCCAGACGGGUUGGAGGGACUUGUGGGUAGACGACGCCUUCUGGCGUCUUCUGUUCUCCACCAUCCUGCUGGUGAUCAUGGUGCUGCUGCGGCCCUCUGCUAACAGCCAGAGGUUCUCCCACUCUCCUCUGAUUGAUGAAGACGACGAAGAGGAUGAAGCCAAGGAGCCCAUGCUGAAUGAGGCUUUUGAGGGGAUGAAGAUGAGAGGCUCGAAGCCCGACUCUAACGGCUCCCAGAAACUGCUGAGUAAAGAGGAUGAAGAUCUGAAAUGGGUCGAGGAGAACAUUCCUACAACUGUCGCUGACGUAGCGCUCCCUGUAAUGCUGGAUGAGGAAGAGGAAAUCCUGAAAACCAAGAUGGAGCGAUCCAAAAUGGAGUAGAAGUGAGCGAGCGAGCACGAGUGUGAGAGUGAAAAGACGGCGACGACGUCACUGAGGCAGCGAGGAAUGCGUUCUGAGUGAUCGAACUACCAAAAAAAAAAAAAAAAGUGGGCAAAGCCAGCUGUUCUCUCCAGACACUUUACAUUUUUAGUUUAAUUUCACAGAUAUUGUGCAACACUGUAAUAAGCUCAAAGAAGCAUGAAUAGUGUGUUUAUAUUAAGGCAGUACUGUGUGAGCUGUGUCUGGGUGGGUUGGCUUUUCAUGUCAAUAUCGGGAUUUUGGGAGGCUGGUGAACUUUAUUUGUUUAAAAGUUGUUGUUUUUUAUGUCACACACUCCAAAACCAAGUAGGAAGAGGACGUUUCACAGUGUCCUUGUAGAAAAUAGAAUAUUUAUUGAAAUCUGUCAAUAUUUAACAGGGCGUGCGGUCUCUGGAGCACUGACCACAGCGUGUGAUUGGUCAAAUUUGUGCAAAUCAUGAUUCUUGGCGGUUAAAUCAGCCAAGAAAUCAGACGACAAUAUGAACAAUAUGAAGUUAUUGUGAAUAAUAAGAUUAUAUUUAAGCCAACACAGUGACGGCCGCUCAUCUUCAGAGAUGUGCUGUGCCAUAAAUUAAAUGUAUAAAAAGAAAACACACGCUGUUUUCAGCAGGUGUUUCAAUUUGUUAUAUAUUUAAUAGAUCACAUAAAGAAAUAUAUUUAAUAUUGAAAUGAUUAAACAUUUAGCCAGAAAACAAUGUUUAAAUGCUUUUACCGUGCCGAUGAGGAUUUCCUGAGCUCAUUUCUUGAUGUCACAUUGUUAACACACACAACACUAACACUUUGUUAAACACUUUGUUGUCUGGCUAACUGGGUAAUCCUGAUUAUAGAAAUACAUAAGCUACCUUACUCUGUAAACAUGGCUGCACCAGUGAAUAUGGAUACUUGAAAAAUAUCUCAUACGUCAGGGUAAAACGAGCUACAUCUGUGUAGGAUCAGGAUUCUUGUGUUAACUGGAACAGACUGGGAGAAUGUAAUGACCCUGUUGUUCAAACCUUAUAUACUGUAGCAUAUACAGUGUCAUCAGAUCGUGCUGAGACGUCAGAACUGUUCAACCAACUGAAAUUGUGACUAAUAUUGUUGAUUUUUAAGGCUGCUCGGCAGGUGAGGUUCAUGUAUGAAGCUGUGUAGUCAUAGGUCUGUUAUAGACCUUUAUCACAGCAGCCAGUUUGUGUUUCCAAUGAUGCUGAUAAAGGUUCAGAUCCAUUUAGUGCAGCAGAGGCUUUCUAGAUGACCCUGACUUCGUUUGACCUGCAUUGACCGUAACCUUAAUUAGCAUCAUUGGUAACACCUGUGUUUACGUUUUCCUGUCAUGAAGGAUAUUUGAUUUCAUGUCAUCUCUACAAAAAGUCACAUUUUGUAGCUUUUCACAUAACAGCAGUGAUCUGCGUCCACUUUGUGUCACCAAAGGGAUUUUAACUUUGUUUUUUCAGACUUGAUAAGCCGUAGAGACUCCAUGUGGUUUACUGUAUGUAUCUGUCGCACUCCCUCCACUCAUUGAGUUUUGUUAAGGUCUUCACCUAAAUUCAGUAGCAAAACAGAUUCUGUUAAGCCUGUAACAUUCACACUCCUUCACAAAUUAAUCUUGCCUUAUGUGGCAGAAUUAUACUCCCGUCCUCGUGCAAACUACUGCAGUAUGUGUGAAUAUUCUAAAUUCCUUAAUUUAUGUUUUUUUUAUAUAUUUAUCCGAGUCUUGUUGAAUAUAUUUUUUAAUUUAGAGAGACACAAAAGCCCCAAUUCCUGGAUGUGAGUCUGCAUUGUAAUGUGAAGCUGAUGAUACUGUAUGGCUUUUUGCGUAUGUCCUGCAAAUAAAAUUUGUAUUUAAACACGGA